ACAUAGCCUCGUCUCCAUCGGUUUGUCCAUCAUUAGUCGUGGACAUCAGAAGUAAUUUUCAUUUAUGUCGCUUUAGACGUUGCUAAAAGCGACAAAAAAUUAAUUUAUGACUAUCUGGAAAUAAUGGCCCAGCGGCAGGUCCGUUUGCAGCCGGACACCGAGCACCACCGUCGGCCAUCGGGACUGUGAGUGACCGCAGGCUGCAGCGAGCUAACGUUACGCAGCUAGCCGCUGAGUAAAGCCCUUGCCCGUCAUGGACAAAGAAGAAGCAGACCGGCUCAUAGAGAAGGCCAAGCUGUGUUUACGUUCGGGCCGGAAGGAUCGGGCGCUGCAGCUGCUCUAUGAGGCGCAGAGAACCUUCCCCAGCACCAGGGCCAGAGUGCUGAUAGAUGCCAUUCUGAGAAAUGGAGGCAGUGCGUCCUCAGAAGCCAACCACGUUCCUCCGCCCUCAGGCUGGAGAGACGAGGACCUUGGAAACCAAGAAACCAGGAAUGCCAAUUCUGAUGAAAAGAAGACCUACACUGAGGAGCAGCGACAGGGUGUGUUCAGAAUAAAAAACUGCAAAGACUUUUAUGAAAUCCUCGGCGUUGACAAAGGUGCCAGUGAUGAAGAUCUGAAGAAGGCGUACAGGAAGUUGGCCCUGAAGUUUCACCCAGACAAGAACUUUGCCCCAGGGGCCACAGAUGCUUUCAAAGCAAUCGGUAAUGCAUACGCAGUGCUGAGUAACCCAGAGAAGAGGCAGCAGUACGAUCAGUACGGAGAUCAGUGUCCACCCUCUAACGUACCCCAUCACUCCGGCCACAGCCGACCCGGACACUACCGGAGCUUUUAUAGAGACUUUGAGGCCGACAUUUCACCUGAGGAGCUCUUCAACAUUUUCUUUGGUGGAAGAUUUCCCACAGGAAAUGUUCAUGUAUACACCAACCAGGGCGCCUCCUACUCUCAGUUCUACCAACCUCGUCGUCGACGGGCUCAGGAAAGGCGGGAGGAGGUGGUGGAGGAAAACCAGAGCCAGAACACCUUCACAGCUCUGCUGCAGCUUCUCCCCGUGCUGGUGUUGAUCCUCAUAUCGGUUUUUACUCAGAUGAUGGCCACUAAUCCGCCCUACAGUCUAUUCUACAAGCCGGCGAUGGGGCUGGUGGUGUCCAGAGAAACGCAGCACAUGGGCGUACCGUAUUAUGUGGACAAAAGCUUUCAGAAGGAGUACCGAGGAGCCACGCUGGAAGAACUGGAGAAAAACAUCGAGAGUGACUAUAUCGAACACCUACAGAGCAGCUGCUGGAAGGAGAAGCAGCAAAAAUCAGACUUGGCAAACCUGGGACAGCUCUACCGGGAUGAGCGGUUAAAGCAGAAGGCCGAGUCCAUGAGGCUGGAUAACUGUGAGAAACUGCAGCGACUGGUUGGCCGCCUGAGAGUGAAAUGAGGACAGUGUUGGAGGAGGAGACGUUUCUUUAGCCAAGUGUGUAAUUUGCCCUUUCUGGCCACUUUGUGCAGUGCAGCCAGUGGGGAGAUUGCGCCUGUGGAAACAACGUGCCUUCUCUUGGGCGGUAGGAAAAUAAGGAGUCGCACAGUGGCGGUGUAGCAGCAGGGGGUGCAAACUCCCUCUGGCAGGGUGUAUGAUGUCUCACAGCCGUCAAACUUUCUUAUAGAAGUGGCAUGUCAUAUGCAGUCUCCCCUGGGGGCUAAAAGGGGCGGCGUAUGUUUGGGAAACACCGUUUUAUCUGUUCAGGUUACAGUUUGUUUCCUUGUGUCUUUGUUGAAAUUUUAGAUGUAUUUAUUUGUUAGAUAACAGGGUGAAUGUUAGUCAUGAUUUUCUUUAGGAAAUUAGUGCAGAGACCUAAAUGAUACUGCAGUGUUUGGACAAAUCAGCACACGUGUAUUGCUAAAGUCACAUUGGACAUUUUAGGUGUUCCAAACUGAGAUGGAGCAAUUAAAUCUUCUGCACUUCUUAUAAUAAAAUGUUUUUUGCCUCAAAAAGCACUAAUGGUUGUACAAGAAUUUAUUACAGCUCAUUCUGAGGCUGCAUUUCAAAACUCUUGUGUAAAGAAACAAAAAGUAUUCUUGUGUGAAAAGUCUUUGAUUCUCCGAUGUGCACACGUUUCCUGAUUGUCACUGGGAGCUAUGGCAGUAUGCAUACAGCUAUAUCACACAGUGCUUUGCAGAAGUAUCCAUAUUUUCAUCAGUUUGUCACUUUAUAGCCUCAAACUUGUAUUUUUAUUGGAUCUUAAGUGAUAGAACAAAACAAAGUAGUACGUAUUUGUAAAGAAAAUAAGAAAAAAGGCAGGAAGGUUAUGUAUUUUG